UGUCAGGCAAAAACGGAAAUGAGGUUUCGGCCAUCGGCCUUCUGACAGUUCUUUUUCCGGUGAAAUUUGUUGUUUAGCGGACGCGUUGUUCCACGGUCUGCUACGAAUUCCUCGUAAUUUAAGGUAGCCACAAUGCCAGCGAAGGAUGAAAAGACCGCGAAGCCCGCUGCGGGCAAGGACAAGUCGAAGAACGUGAUGCGCGAUCUGCGUAUCCGCAAGCUCUGCCUGAACAUUUGCGUCGGCGAGUCCGGUGAUAGGCUGACACGUGCCGCCAAGGUGCUGGAACAGCUGACCAACCAGACGCCCGUCUACUCGAAGGCCCGCUACACCGUGCGCUCGUUCGGCAUCCGUCGUAACGAAAAGAUUGCCGUCCACUGCACGGUGCGCGGUGCCAAGGCGGAGGAGAUCCUCGAGCGUGGCCUGAAGGUGCGCGAGUACGAGCUGCGUCGCGACAAUUUCUCGCAGACCGGCAACUUCGGCUUCGGCAUCCAGGAACACAUCGAUCUGGGCAUCAAGUACGAUCCGACGAUCGGUAUCUACGGUUUGGACUUCUACGUUGUGCUUGGCCGUCCAGGAUACAACGUUGCCCAGCGACGACGCAAGAUGGGCAAGAUCGGCUUCAUUCACCGUCUGACCAAGGAGGACGCGAUGAAGUGGUUCCAGCAGAAGUACGACGGUGUCAUCCUGAACAGCAAGGCGAAGUAAGAGCCCGGAUACGCUCUUCCUUAUGCACGUGUAUGUGUGUUGCGAGUGCUUCUAAAGUUUGGGUAAGACAGGUGUGCCGCGGAGGAGGCGGAGGAAGGACCGGAGCAGGUGGGCGCGUUUGAGAAAAGAAUAAACAAUUUUCAUCGAAGCCAUCAUCGCCGAAGGUUUGGGUGAAAAUACGGUGUACAAAACCUA